AUGAAGCUCGACUCUUCUUUGGCUUAUGCGGCAAGCUUUUGCGUCCUUGCCGGACAAGGCGUGGAGGGAGCCAUCACACUCGAUAUUACUUCUACAGAUUCGAUCAAAAUAGCGGCAAGUAACAUGGCAUAUGAUUUGAUGUCGUAUUAUACGGGAAACAAUACAGGAGAUGUGCCAGGAAACUUACCAGCACCAUAUUAUUGGUGGGAGGCGGGAGCUAUGUUUGGAACCAUGGUCAAUUAUUGGUAUUACACAAACGAUACAACCUACAACGACAGUGUUGAACAAGCACUAUCACAUCAAGCCGGGGACGACAGUGACUUUAUGCCUCUCAACCAAACAAAAACAGAAGGAAACGACGAUCAAGGCUUUUGGGGAAUGGCAGCGAUGACAGCAGCGGAAACGAAAUUUCAAGAUCCUCCAGAUCCAAGUCCAGGAUGGUUAGCACUUGCACAAGGAGUCUUCAAUACUCAAAUCGUACGAUGGGAUAAUUCGACAUGUAAUGGUGGAUUUAGAUGGCAAAUAUUUACCUUCAACAAUGGAUACAAUUAUAAAAACAGCAUCUCAAACGGUUGCGUCUUUAAUUUGGCGGCAAGACUCGCUUUGUACACUGGAGACACGACCUAUGCGGACUGGGCGGAAAAAGUAUUUGAUUGGGUAUACGGAGUAGGACUUAUUUCCACAGACUACAAAGUGUUUGACGGAACACAAAAUUCCGACAAUUGUACGGAUAAGGAUCACAAUCGUUGGAGUUAUAACAGUGGGAUAUAUCUACUUGGAAGUGCUGCCAUGUAUAAUCAUACCAACGGCAGCGCAAUAUGGAAAGAGCGUGUCACAGGCCUCCUCAAAUCGUCAACAGACUUCUUCCAGAACGGAAUAAUGGUCGAGGCUUGCGAAACCGGUACUUGCAACAACGAUCAACAGUCUUUUAAAGCCUAUUUUGGACGAUGGCUAGCUGCAACAGUCAAGCUUGCACCUUUCACUGCCGAAACCAUCAUGCCUUUACUAUCCACCACCGCAACGGCAGCAGCAAUAACUUGUACGGCUGGAAAACGAGGCAAUUCAUGUGGUUUAAAAUGGACCACCGGGGACCAUGAUGGAAUUACAGGCGUAGGGGAACAAAUGUCAGCAUUGGAAGCCGUACAAAGUCUUUUAAUACCUCAGACUAGGGAUUGGGUUAGCGAGGUCAAGGGGACAGGUACAAGUGAAGGAGAUCCAGAUGCAGGAACGAAUUCCAGGAUGAAUACUGAUGGAACCGAAAUUACGCCCGUCACCACCGCGGAUAAAGUUGGGGCUACGAUUUUUACUAUGUUGACCGUUGCGGGUGUUAUUGGUGGGAGUGCGUUUCUGUGCGUCGAGUGGUUCUGA